AUGACUAUUGAAGACUUGGGUGAUUCAGUGAUACUUUCCGAUUCCACAUCGAGAGUGUCCAUUUUAAAGUACGGUGCCACUGUGACUUCAUGGAAAAUCGACAAUGUAGAACAACUCUGGCUAUCAACGGCGGCCAAACUCGACGGUUCCAAGCCUGUGAGGGGUGGUAUUCCUCUAGUUUUCCCUGUUUUCGGCAAGUCCAGGGAGGAAGGGUUUGCCGAUUUGCCACAGCACGGGUUUGCCAGAAACUCUACAUGGGAAUUUCUUGGCCAGACACAUGCCGAUCCGCCAACGGUGCAGUUUGGACUUUCUCCAGAGCAGGCCAACCAAGAGGUCUAUUCCAAGUGGGACAAUGGUGACAAUGACUUUACGUUGAUUUUCACCGUCACUUUGAACAAGGACAACAUUGAAACGGCAAUUGAGGUCAUCAAUGAAGAUUCCAAACCGUGGAAAUUCAACUGGUUGUUCCAUACAUAUCUACAGGUGUCUGAGAUUGAAGACACUUUGGUUAACAACCUUCCUGGCGAAACGUGCUAUGACCAGCUCAUUGCAGAGACAUACGUGGAAAAGGCACCGGCUAUUGACUUCACCGGGGAAGUUGAUAGAAUAUACAAGCAGGUUUCCACUGACAAGAUUCUCCAGGUUAUCGAGCUAGGCAAGGUUGUCCAUAAUGUGAAGAGAGAGAACCUACCGGAUGUUGUUGUUUGGAACCCAUGGAUAGAAAAAUCUGGCGGCAUGGCGGAUUUCGAACCCAAGAGCGGUUAUCACAAGAUGGUCUGUAUUGAACCCGGACAUGUCCAUGAUUUCGUUGAAUUGAAACCAGGGGAGUCCUGGUCUGCCAAACAAAUCAUUUAUAAGGGUGAUGCAAUUAAGCUCCAAUCCGUAUAA